GAUUAGCGCAUCGCGGCUAAGAAAAAGGCGCAGCGUGCGAUGAACUCCAGAUGUCAACGCAUUGGGAGAAAACAUCCACCCACCCACACCGGGAUGACUCACGGUGUGUAAAGCGGUAGAAUACGCGGGCGCCGGUGCGGACGGGGAGAUCGUGCGUGGGGUGAUCCGACUCGUUUGUGGUACUUAAAGCUCCGUGGUUUGUUUAUGGGGGAGAGAAGAAGGAGAAGAGGCAGCAGCAGCAGCAGCAGCAGCAGCAGCGGGACUCGAGCCGACACACGGACUGACAGUUGCUGCAGGAGGCGCCGGUGCCAGAUAUGGACAGCGCGCGGGCCACCUCUCCACGCUGGUGCGCAUCUUCAUAAAGUCCCACACCUCCCGACGCCGGGUCUGUCCCGAGUCUGAGCUGCUGACGAGGAGGGGGGGACGCUUCCACUUCCAACAACAACAACAACAACAACUCGUCCACGGAGAGAAGAGUUGGACACGAGCGUCAGAGAACUUUUGUCUUUUUUUUUUUUUUUUUUGCCUUCAAACGUCCACGAAGCGGAGAACAUGCGUCAGGAGGUCGCGAGGAGACUCCAGCUGCUGCUCGUGCUCUGGUCGGUGCUCCUGCUCAGUCUGGGCUCGGGCUUCCCCACCAGACACAAGAGUGUCGCCCACAAGGGUCACGGCCACCCUGUUCAUAACGGUGGGGUCCAGUAUGUCCCUGAGACUUUGGAGCAGCAGAACCAGGUGCAGAGUCUGCUGCCCGAGCCACACAGCCACCAGAGGAGGUGGUCGCACCCGCAGCACCGCUCCGUUGGGGUUCUCCCACAGCCAGAGCCUGAGGAGGAGACCAAACCCUUCAUCCUGGAUCUCCAGAACUUUCCAGACCUGGCCAACGCCGACAUGAACUCACAGAACCCCAACAUACAGGUGACCAUUGAGGUUGUGGACGACCCUCAGAUGGAGGUAGAGAUGGACCUGGCCAAGGAAAAAGAAUGGCUGCCCUCCUCUUCCUCCUCCCCCUCUUCCACAGUAGAUUGGCUUGGCGGCAAGAAGCUUUUCUGGCCUCUUUUCUGGAGUUACACCGACGCCGACUCUGGCGAGGACAGCAACAGCCGGUCGGGCAUGGAGGAAACUGGCGAGGAAGAGGAGGAGGAAGACUAUUCGCUGGAUUAUGGCAGCGAGGAACCCUUACCCAGCGGAGUGGGCGGAGACUGGGACACUCGUUGGAACGAAGGCUGGGAUCCAAUGCAGAGCUACUAUGAAAAGGAGACGGAUGAGUGGACUUCCUGGUCUCCCUGUUCAGUGACGUGUGGACACGGUGAGAGGAAGAGGACGAAGUCUUGUGGCUACUCCUGCACUCUGACAGAAGCCUCUAGGUGUGACCAGGAGCCCUGCCCCGGUGAUGUCAACACUGUGGUAGAACCUUUUCCUUUCGAGAUGGAGAAUGGCACCGAGCCAUUUGGAACAGAUGUGGACAGCUGUGAGAAGUGGCUCAACUGUAAGAGUGAGUUCCUACAGAGGUACCUCCACCAGGUGCUGUCCGAGCUGCCCAGCUGCCCCUGCUCCUACCCCUCUGAAGUAGGAUACACCGUCGUCAGUGUCUAUGACGAGACUCAUGGCCGGCAGUUCCGCUGGCGUGAUGCCAGUGGCCCUAAGGAGCGCCUGGACAUCUACAAGCCGUCAGCGCGCAGCUGCAUCCGCUCAGCACUUUCUGGUGACUUGUCUACUCUCGCAGCGCAGCACUGUUGUUAUGACGAACGCGGGCGGUUGAUCACGCGGGGUAAAGGCGCAGGCACGCCUAACCUGAUCAGCACUGAGUUCUCACCUGAGCUACACUUCAAAGUGGACGUGCUGCCGUGGAUCCUGUGCAAGGGAGAUUGGAGUCGCUUCCAUGCGGUGCGUCCACCCAACAAUGGGCUGAGCUGCCCAGCAAACCCCCAUGAAGACGUGUUCAUGAACGAACUAGAAGAGGCCAGGGAGUACUGAGGGACCACAGCCAAACGUACAACUUCACUCAGAGAGUCAGAGGGCCCAAUCCUAAUUUGAACGGAGGCUGUCUACCUUGAAAGUCACGAAAAUAUUACAUCUAAACCAUGCAUCAGCCAUUCAUCAUGCAUUGAUGACUCAGGGGAAAUGCACUUUUGUGAUUGGCAGAUGUGUGGGGUUUAGAAACGAUGGUGAAGUGUGGCUGUCUCAAGUUAGGAUUUGGCACCGUGUCCUGACAACAGGCUCAACUGAACUGAACUGAAUUACAUGAAUGGAAAAAAAUGCAGUGUUCUCCCAUUGCUUGCCAACCAUUUACACAUCUGGCAUGACAUCAAGCUCUGUUUCUUUUUAUUCACUGCACUCUCCUGGGUGCGUGUGAGCAUGAUGUCUACCUACUGGCUUUUUUGACGGUGUCCUGGAGCGCUUGUGAUUGACCAUAGCAACAUAUGGUAAACAUCCUGAUCAUGCUUCUUGGAGGUUUUACCUUAGGAAAUGUAUGACUCCAUUUACACCUGGCAGUUAGAGUAUCAUGACCAGAUUUUUAUCUAGAUACCAUUUGAAUGUGAUGACAUUUACACCUGGUAUUAAUGUGUGACUCCAAUGUCACUGAUGCUACAUUCACAAAUGCAUCGACUCAGCUACAGAUACGCCUGGCAUCCACACUAGUCAAGAGUUUUAGAGCCGCUAAAACAGAGAAGUUUGGAAACAAUGCUGGCCCAGUUUAAGUUUGAAAACUCUGCAGCCGUGUUUUAGUUUGGACGAGCAGAAACAAAGACGUUCAGAAACAAUGACGUAAACACUCACAACUGCCUGCUGAUUUUGUCUUUUUACUCAUGACGUACCGUUUGCUGAUUCGUCAGGUUCUUAUCACAUGACCCCCUUCUGGAAGGGGCAUUAGCCUCAGCUAGCCGUGUAGAACGCAACAUGGAUAAUCAAUUAUAAGCAUUGCUGACUCUGUUGUCUUUGCUAACAGCUGUUAGCAAAGACAAAAACUGUUAGAAUCUGAGACAAGCUACUUUUUGAGUAAUCUGCAUCAAUUCCUCUGUCCAGUGAGACGCACACUCCUUCUUGUUUACACUAGCAUGUGCAUGCCCAGUUGUACGUGAGUGGUCACGUAUAAUAACAUAGUAGUAUGGACGUGGCCGGAGAUCUGAUUUAGCUUUAAUGACUCCUUCCAACUCACGUUACAUCCGCUACACAUUGUCCAAAAAACAAGGAGCAAAAACAGAGUAGAAGAAGAUGGUAGAUUUAUUAUUGUGUUUGUUUGCUUUUCUCUUCUUUACUUCAUUCACAAAUGUGUUGAAUGAAGUCCACUGCUAAGGACUGAGGAGAGGAAGGACUGAUUCAUGUGUUUAUUGGCUAAUGGCUUGUAGCUGCCUAGCUGCUACCUCGCUGGUCUGGAACUGUCACAUGCGAUUAUGUAUUUCCAUCCACGUUGUUUGUGGGUUGACGACAGAAUUGCAUUUACAUUUGUGUUAAAUUUAGUAGAAACUGUACUUUUCCAGUGGUCCAGCACUUUCAGAUUGCAUUACCUUCACCCAAACACAUUUUAAUACCAGGUGUAAUAUGAAUACAUGAGCGUGGGCUGUAUUAAUGCAACAAACACAAGCAUAGUCCAACAAAUUUGAAAUUUUGAAAAGAAUGAAGGGUGUCGGACAUAAGUAGACCCAAAAAUGCCAAAUGCAUUCACAUUAAUGUACAUUUCAACCAAUUUUUUGGAAAGAAAAAAAUUGUCAUGAUAAAAGAAUUUGAGAUGUGAACCUGAGAGAUAAAUUAUGAAUUAAUCAUUUGAAAUUUUCAAUUGCUUUAUUGAGCUUGAUUGUGAGAAUUGUGAGAACAGCCUUUAGACAGUAAUGCACAUCACAUUGGAUUUCAAAAAUGUUUUGUCACAUAGAUUGAUGUUGUGCGUUUCCUCACAUUUUUACAAUAUAUAUCAUCUGGGUGCCAAAGAGUUAAAAAAUCCGACUGUUGGUGCCUGUGUUAAAUCCAACCUCCUAAGUCUCUUCAGUGCAAAUGUAGGAGAAAGAAAUAAUCAGCUAUACAGUGAGUAGAUUGUGCUCAAAGAUGUGUCUCUGCAAUGUUCUCAGGGUGACUCACUGACCAUGAUAAACAAAUUUGUUCAUUUACCUCUACAGCGGAGCACUAUCAGACUUUGUACAAAGUGUAUCGGGGUAAAGAGUACUGAGUGUUAUCGUGUGUGUAAUCCGGAUUGAAAGUGGUGAAGAGAUAAUACUUUUGUGCAGUUUAUAAAAGCAAAUAGAUCCCUUAUAUCUGAAUUAUUGUUGUCGGUACAUUAAGUGUGGUAGAAAGGUGUCAUUGCAGUUUAAGCUGCUUGGAUAGAAAGGACAUUCCUAUUCAAAUGGACACGCCCAACAUUGACCUUUAGGAAACGUUUGAGUCUUCCAUCGUUAGGUAUAGCACAAAGAAAUGAAAAAGCUCAUGUGUGACCAUAUUAAACAUUGAGCAUUGUUAGCAUUGUAGCAGUAGAUGUUUUAAGACUUUAUACCUCCGCCAAUAAACUCCAAGUGACAAUCAUUUUAAACCCCUUAGAAAUAUCCUACAACUCCAGGAAUGGCCCUUUCUAUCCUGUCUGAUUUCAUGGAUGUUUGCUCCAAAUCUUUUAUUUUUUUUGAGGAACUCUGCUUCCAGAUUUGCAUUUACAUUUUGGAAUCACCAAUUUUGAAGGAAGGCACUUUAUUUAUAAGUCUAUACAGAUUGGUGACAAAUUGAAGGGGGAAAAAAAGAGUAUACGAACAGAGGAACCUAACAAAGGCAGAAAGAGUAUGAGGGCGGAUAAAAGCAUUGAGUAUGACCAUGAUGUGAAUCAUAUGCUAUGGCCUUCGCAGUCACCAGAGCUCAGCUGAACACCCCUGGGAGAUUUUGGAUGGGCGUGUUACUCGUUCUUCUCCAUCAUUCAUCACUUGACACCAAAUGAGGGAAUAUCUUUUAGAAGAAUGGUGUUAACCCUCCUGUUGAGCUCAUGACGCUAAUAGAAGCUCUUCUGGAGGCUUGUGGUGGCCCAAGACACUUUAUAUUGGGUUUUCCUUUCAUUUGUCACCCAAUUGUGUGUGUGCACGUGUAUAUAUUUGAAUCCACGCUCACACACACAUGCAAAUGAUAUAUCAAAAUGUACUCACGUUCGCCAUUUGUCGACGGUAGUGUUAUUGUGAAGGGUAACUCGCCAGAGAUGCUGCAUUGUUCUAUGAGAGUGCAUAUAUCAAGCGUUCGGUUGAGAGAAGCAUGAUCUUUUUGUGAUUUCUGAAUCUAGUAUUACAUAUAUGGUGUUGUACAGUAUUUAUUUGUCUGCUCUCGUUUUGUUUUUUAACUUUGUCGAAGCUUUGAAAUGACUCUAUACUCAACAUGGUGCACUAAUCCGACUGAAAAACGAAGGCACCCGCAUCAAAAGGGAAACCACAUGCCUCAUAUCGCUUCGUACAGCAACAUAAAGUGUGUGUUUCAUUUUACGUUGUACUGCAGUGCUAUAUAAAUAAAAAAUGUUGUUGCAAUUAUGCUGACGAAAUAUAUAUAUAAAGACCUUGCAUUCA